AUGGCCGCUCUCUCUACUACCUUGAAGUCGGACUUCAAGGCCAAGUUGGAGGCGCAGUCGCACACGGACGCUCUCGCAAGGGUCAAUAUCGCCGCCAAGCCCCCUCCGGACGCGUUCGAGAAGAGUCUCAGCGAGGACGACGCCCGCGCGUACUCGAUCAGCCGCAGUGUCCCGAACUACGUCGACAUCCGGUUCAUCCAGGAAUACAUCUGGGACAACCGUCCCUUUCGCUGGGCGCUCUCCGUCAACAAUGCGGACCUCCUACUUCCCCUUCCCAAGGACGCUCCUCUCGCGCCGCGUGGUACUCCCCACGGCGGCGGGGUCGCCCCUCGGGCCAAAGGCCACCCUCCUAUGAACGGCUCCUGCUCGCGUCAGAUCACCGUUGGCGUUUCGCCCAUCCUCAAGGCCUUCACUGAUGCCUUGGCCGCCGACAAGGUCAACAUCUUCCGGUGCGCCGCCCAGACGACUGUUCGGAUGGAACCCGGCAGGGAGUACGGCUUCGAUGACCUUUUCGAUGCCGCGGCCUACCCCUUCAGCAAAAUUGGCGAGUGCUGCGGCGGUCACUACAGACAGGUUCAGCGCGAGCUGAGGCUGGCGCGCGGUAGCAUCACGCACUACAUCGGUCUCAAAAGGUCGACCGUGCCGGUGCCGCGCCCCGCGUUGAAGGCUGUAGUGAAGUCGGCGGCUCGCACGCGGCCUAAGAAGCGCGUGGAGGCUGCUGCAUCACGCGCGGCCUCUCCUGCUUGGGGCGGCGGGUCGUCGGGUGCCCCUUCCUCGUCGUCUGCCGCGGGUCCAUCGACAUCUACGGGUGCGGGGCCAUCUUCGCUGAGGCUCGGGGUGGGGUUGUUGUCUUCAUUCGCAGGUGUAGGUGAUGACAAGGAUGAUCCUAUCUACAUAUCAAGUGGCUCGGAGUCGUCCAGCGACGGAUCCUACUCGGACUCAGAGGGCUCGGUCACGAUGGAUGAUGUCGACGGGGACUCUGACUCCGAUUCACUGAUGUCGCAUGGGCCCCGCCUGGGCUCGCCCUUCGUGUACAAGUACCAGCUACCAGCAGUCAACAUGUCGGAUUCCACUCGUUCCAGUCACAAGCGCAAAGCUCCACCGCGUCCAUCCCUUCAUCGAUCCCAGCCACAUCAAGGGACCCACAUUGAAAUAUCUGCGGAUAAACGACGCAUUCUCAAGACCUCCCACCGCUUCUCCACCUCAUCAACUUUCGUCCCUCAUGAACCCCCCUUGCCACCUCCCCGACUAGUGGAGCCGGACGAGCGCCCCAGCAAUGCUCAGGACGACCCCUUCUUUCAAGCAUACAAUGAGAACGAGGGCGAGAACGUCAUCAUUGCCCGCAAAGUGGACACUGUGGGAUCUCGCGGUAGCUCCCCGGGACGCAGCAUAGCUAGCUCUCUGCUCGGAGCUGCGCCAUCCGAGCAAUCGCGCCAACGACGCGCCGACGAAAACUCUAGUCGCUCUGCCACGUCGCCAGUGCCGUCCUCUGAUUCCUCUGCUUUCGAGGUACAAGGCCAUCUUCUCCGUUCGGACGAGUCGGUGCACUCCCUUUCACUCUACUCGCCUGAACCCCUAGCCGUUUCUCCUCGCUCGAUUUCACUCUCUCCUUCGCGCGCCGAGCGACCCUCGAUGACGCGUACCGCUCUGGAGGGAGGCAGCACCCCGGGUCCCUCACAGGGCCCGAACCCUCCUGACGAGGAAGCCGACGAGGGAAGGCGAUCCGAAUCCGAUGAGGAAAACACCGCCAGCAACGAGACCAACAGCCGGAGACUGGCGCUGACAGCGGCUGGCGACUUGAUGUACAAUAUCGACCGCUCUAAGCCAGAGCACCUCAGGAGCGUGCGCAAACGCCUGGACAGCUUGAUCAAGGAGACUCGCCUGACCCCCGAACGAGUGGUGGACCGCGGCAUUGCACGCAACUCGACCAAGACGCGCUUCACCCUUCACGCGGAGUUCCUCGCCUUCAUCGAAGAUGUUGUGGGCGAUGUCGACAACGUUCUCAGCACGCUGUACCCCGCUACUACGGAGGCCUACGGCGCGGGAACGGAGUGCUACGAGGUAGAUCCCGGCGGCGUGCUGCUGGAAGCGCUGAAGGGCUCCAAGUCGCUGGCUGCUCUGAAUGUGGCCUGGAGUUUGUUCAACUCGCGCUGCGUCACCGCGGCCCGCAAGCAUCGGAAGUACAAGGCCCUUGUGGAGGCGCAUAUCGAGAAGCGCGCCCCGAAUGCGAUGCUCUCGCCGCUGACUACGCCCCGCUCUGUCUAUAGCGACAUGAACCAUCUCGAGGACAACGAAACGAAGUUGAAGUACUUACUGGGCUCCGCUCCUUCGGCCACCGACGUGUUGCGUCCCUCAGACGCGCAGCAUCGGACGGCCGGUCGUGUUCCUCGCCCUCCGCGCGAGGAGCGGCUUCGUUUCGUCGGCCAAGAUCUCCGCUUUGUUGCUCCUCCUCCUUCUCCCCUUAUUCGUGCAUUCCCGGAGCGCGAGGCCGAGGAUAUGCCUAGGCUCGUGUACUACGAGAAUGGCCUGCGCAAGGAGCGCGCUCCUAGCACGACGUUCAACAAUCCAGAUCCUUUGACGCCGGAGGAGCAAGCUCAAUACGUUCAACUCGAGAAGAAGAAGAAGCGGGCAGGCUUCAAGCAACCGCCGCAGCCAGAGGAGGAUCCUACCGCCCCCGUAGGGCGCGGUCUCGACACGAGGUUACCGGACAUUCGCGAGGGAGUUGACCCUCGGUUAGUCGCUCCCGCUCCGCCCAUCUCUGCGUUCGGCAUGCUUUCGACUGGCACACGACUCCAACCUAGCUCGGCCUACUACUCGGCCUAUCCGGGCGACUCUGCCUCGAACGCGGGUACGCCUAGGCACUACAACUACCCGGAGCCGGUCGACCGUCAGGACGCUCCCAACUCCUCAAGUGAAGCUUACCUUGGAGCAGCUACGUCUAUCUCGGCUCACCCGCAUCUUCAAGUUCAGCAUCCCAGUGUUGCUCGGGUCGACCCUCCUCGUCCAAAUCACGGUGGCUACGCUUGGACGGCCACUGGAGGCGGGGGAGGAGGCGAUGGCGAUCCUCCGGACCCGGACGAUGGAGGACCUCCUCCACCUAAUCCUCCACCUGGCUUUCCGCGCCGACUGCCGGUGCCGCCGCCUGUACCUCCCCCGCGCAAGCCUGCACGCGCAGGAGGUGGGGGUGGAGGCCCUCCCGGUGGGGGUGGGGGACCCUCAGCUAGCUACCCAGACGCUUCAGGAGGUCCUCGUCCUCCCUACGCCUCAGCUACUCCCACUAUACAAGCGAACCUGAAGAUGGACUGCAUACCUUCGUGGGACGGAAAUCGAGAUACCAUUUCCCCGUACUUGUGGGCAUUCUUCGAGCUCGCGAACAGCGGUGGUAGCAUGCGCGCCGCGGUAGCGCACUGGGCCUGGAUGCGUUUCCCCGCCGGCUCCUCGAUCUAUAACUGGUACUUGACCUUAUCAGAGGAUACGAAGGAGUAUAUGAAGAAGGAUGCGUACAACUUCAUGGACGUCAUCAAGCAGCAGUACUUGGGGGCGCAGUGGAUGAAGGACAUGGCGGUAGGGUUCCAGCUCCAAUCCUUCCGCGAGCCCAAGCAUCGCCACGAGACGCCGUCCGACUUCGUUAACCGGCGCAUUCUGGACGCGAGAUCCCUUGGUUUUGCUGAAAGGAAUUCGGUCGAAGAGGUGAAGCUCGUGUUGAGUGUUGCCCCCGCCGACUGGGACGCCAAACUCAUCCCCUCAACCUUGGGCUCAACGGACGAGCUAAAGGCUCGCGUCAUUCAGCACGAGCGCUCGCUCUCAAUGACGUCGGCAUCCGUCAACCAGGAGGUCCGGGCGCAGGUGCUGUCCGCCCUCAAGGAGUAUGGGCGCUUUUCGGGAGACUCUCGUCGGAGAACGAACCUGAUGCGCGGACCGGUCGCGUACGAGGCAGAGGCAGGCAUCGACCCCGAAGAGCUCGAGGAUGGCGAACGGCACAACGGGGGUGCUGAAGCUAACUCGGAUGAUCCUGCAAACGAGCUCUACGACGUUGCCUUCAAUGUAGUGGCUUCUAAGGAAAAGAACAAGUCGUCCGCUUCCUACCCGUUCCCUACGCGCGACUCAAUAGUCAGCCGCAAGCCUCCUCCUUCUCCGUGCCGCGCUUGCGGGAGCAAGAAGCAUUGGAACAAGGACUGCCCCUUCUGGCAGCAGUACCUCAGCCGCUAUCGCGAGAGUCUGCUGGCCGAGGGCGACCCAGAUACGGAGAGAGCGUAUAACGCUGCGUAUGCGGUGAUGAAGCAGGGUUUUGACGGGGCGGCUUCGCAGCUCGAUCAGGAACACGAGAGCUCCGAGCGUAAGACCCAGAAGGAGGAGGCGGACGGACCCGUCACCUAUGAAGUUCGUCAGCCUCAAUUUGCUCUGACAGUUGAGGAGAUAGGAGAGGAGUACUGGUAUCGAGGGGAAAUGCUCCCCGCCGACUACCCACAUAUCCUCGAGCAUGUGGAUGCGAAGGAGCAGGAAGAAGACGAAGCGCCUCGGAUGGGUGCCGUGGCCGAGCGUCAAGCCCCUCCGGAGCCAGAGGUGCUGGUCGCAGAGGAAGCGCCACGGCCUACUGACCGACCACCCGACGAGCAUCCUCAGCCCAAGCCAUACGAGCCUCCGAAGAUCAAGUUGUUAGCCAAGAAGCGCGUGCGACAGGAACUGCGAGAGCGAGGAAUGACCGUCCUCUGCGUGCGUGGGCGCCUGUGCUCGGAGAUCGAAAAGGAGCUGCUGCUGCGGAUGGACUCUUGCGCGAGUCUGUCGCUUCUAGCGGGGUGGCUAUACGACUCGCUCAAGAAUCCCCCUCCGCUGCGGCAGGGCGCCAAGAUGAAGCUAUGGCAGCUGACGGAUAAAUCUGUCAAUAUCCGCGGCUAUGUGUGCUUGCCUGUCCUCAUCCGCGCCGACGACGGGACCCUGAUCGAGGCGGAGGCCGAGCUCUACGUCGUCGAUGGCAUGACCGUUCCCAUCUUGCUUGGCGAGGAUUUUCAGCAAGCCUAUGAAAUCUCUGUUGAGCGCGACCUGGAGCAAGGCACGACACUCACCUUUGGCGAACACCCGGCUCCCAUCUCUGCUGAGGGAGCUCCGCGCUCCACCGACUACGACAAGGUUGAACGCGCAUACGUGGGCGAGAAGCCGGUUCAUGGCUGGCUUAAGAAGGCUCAUCGCCAGCACUUAAAGAGCGCAAGGAGGGAGCGUCGCCGCCACACGCAGGAUCAGGACUCGGUUCUUCGCGCCCAACAGGACAUUCGUCUCAAGCCGGAGACUGUCGUCAACAUUCCCGUCUCGGGCCCAUUCGACAAGCGACGCGAAUGGAUUGUGGAGCGCGAGCUACUCGCUGCCGGCGAGCAAAAGCCGUUCGCAAUCCCUAACACGCUCAUCUCGUCCGACAAACCGGUUGUCCCCAUCGCAAACCUCGCCACCACUCCUCGCAAAAUCAGGCGUGGCGAGAUCGUAGCGAAGGUAAUGCCGGCCGAGGAGUUCUUCGACAAGCCCGCCUCCGCAGAGCAUCUCGCGGAGCUGGCAAACCGGGCUGCAUUUAUGUCUAAUCAUUGUCAGCAUCCUCCUUCUCCUGGCGAGGAGGAGGACGCACCUGUGCCAUCUACUGUACCACCACCGGCGCAGCCGGGCGCGGGACGCGCAUCGCCAGUACCGCACCGAUUUCGAAUGCCUGAAGCGGUCAAUUACGAAGCCUGGAAGGAGCGUAGACGCUCGUUCCCGAUGCCGGACGCGGAGACCUAUACUGCGUGGAAGGAGUCCUUCCAGAGCCAAGUGGAGAAGGAGAACGAGCCGGCAGCAGACGUUGAGCAGUGCGGCCCCAAAACGGCGGAGGUUCCAGACGCUGAAGGCGUGAGCUCGUCCGACUUCAGGCGCGUUCUCGAUGUGGGUGCACUCCCCGUACAUUUGAAGGACCGAGCUUGGGCGAUGCUCGAACGCCGCUGA